UUUUCUCUACGUCACUACCGGCGUGACGGGACGCCAGGAAGAACAGAGUGUGCGCCUCUCGAUGAAUGAAACAUAACGGCAAACUUCAUUCACUCAUUCAGCGUUUCGACCAAAUUGUACAGUGUUUGCCUAGCAUUACGCGUUAGCUUGUUCUUCCAGGUGUAUGUGUGCACGUUUGUUACUGUAGCUGGAAGUAUUUGCUUGAAAGCGUGUGCACUUGUCUGGGCUUGUGCAUACCCAACUCCAGCUGCAGCAGAGUGUGUGUGUGUGUGUGUAUGUGUGUGAAGAGCCAUGUCAGUAUCGGUGAUCAUAAAGUGGGGAGGUCAGGAGUACUCCAUCAGUUCUCUGUCUGAAGAGGACACAGUGAUGGACCUGAAACAGUCCAUUAAGACCUUGACGGGGGUGCUGCCAGAGAGACAGAAACUACUUGGGCUCAAGGUCAAAGGUAAACCUGCAGAGGAUGAGGUGAAGCUGGGAUCUCUGAAGCUGAAGCCUAACACUAAGAUCAUGAUGAUGGGUACCAGAGAGGAGAGUCUGGAAGAGGUUUUAGCCCCACCCCCAGAGAACGAUGACGUGGUCAAUGAUUUUGACAUCGAGGAGGAGGUCGUUGAAGUGGAGAACAGAGAGGAGAACCUGGCUAAAAUAGCCCGCAGAGUCAAAGACUAUAAGGUGGAGGAGCUGAACCCUCCCAGAGAAGGAAAGAGGCUUCUGGUACUGGAUGUGGACUAUACGCUGUUCGAUCACAAGUCAUGUGCAGAAACGGGUCAGGAGCUGAUGAGACCAUAUCUUCACGAGUUUCUGACAUCAGCCUACGAGGACUAUGACAUUGUCAUCUGGUCUGCUACAAGUAUGAAGUGGAUUGAUGCCAAAAUGAAAGAGCUGGGAGUGACUGACAACCCUAACUACAAGAUUACGUUCAUGUUGGACAGUGCAGCAAUGAUCACAGUACAUACCCCUAAGAGAGGGGUUGUGGAGUGUGUUUUAUGGCAUGCACUUAUCCAGGUGAAGCCCCUGGGUGUGAUAUGGGGGAAGUAUGGAGAAUUUUACAACAGAAAGAACACUAUUAUGUUUGAUGACAUUGGACGAAACUUCCUCAUGAACCCACAGAACGGAUUAAAGAUCCGACCCUUCAUGAAGGCCCAUCUUAACAGGGAGAAGGACAGGGAGCUGUAUAAACUGGCUCAGUACCUCAAAGAGAUCGCCAAGCUUGAUGACUUCAGCGGACUCAACCACAAACACUGGGAGAGGUACCUAUCCAAGAAGCAGCACCACUGAGGAGGGCCCGCAUCCUCUGCAAAGACUCGGGCUGGAUGCUACCAUCCCAUCAUUAAAUUCUCAUACACAUACAAACUUGAGUAUCACAAGUCCUUCAUUUCAAACCUUACAACAGAUCCUACGCUAACCCUGCAGCUGCCAACACUCAGGAUUGAGAUGGGCUUCCCCAUUUAUAUAUUUGCAUGUUCUCCGUCUCUCCCAAAUCUCACACAUUUAUUUUCCCAAAUAUUGUUUUCAUUUAUUACAGUAAUAAUGAUGGUCGGUGUGAUAAUCGUAAAAUACACCUGGGCGGGUUAAAAAAACUACUCAUAGGUUUGAGGCCGCAUUCCACGAGCCACUCUGACCCACAAACGUCUGCAUACCUACUUCAGUCAGGUGGCAAAAAUGCAUCUUGAAGUUCACAGUUCAGUAGUACCCUAAAAUAUAUAUGCGACCUUUUAAAACUGCUUGGUCUUUCAGAUUGGUGGUAUUUACAGCAUUUUUGCAUUAUAGGUAGUGUGAAGUUGCUUUCACAACUUCACUACUACUUUAAGUAGGCAUACUUUGCUGUAACUAUCAAGAAUCUUUGCUAAUACCAAGCAAGUAAAAACAAAUUAAUUUCACUACAGUAAGGUCAAUAAGUGAUGUCAAGAACUGAGGAUAUAUCAACCGUUUAAUUUAUAUGAUUUUUACUGCAGAAGAUCUGGCAACGGCACUCUGCAAAAUAUGGUCAAGAAUUCAAAUGAAACAUUGGAAUGACAGAAUGUGUUGAGAGCAAUGGUUAAAAUCAAAGUGAUGCCUGCAGCCUACACAAUUUGACAUGUAAUCAUAUGCAAUAAUCCUCAAAGCUACUGUGACAUUACCAGCUGUUGAAAUUGAAACUGAUCGUAGCAAAAAAAAUUUCAUCAAAACAAUGCACUGUCAUGUGCAUGUUUUGAUGGAACUUGCUACUUGUAUGCAGGGGUCUCUGGACACAGGACUGUGGGUUGGAGGAUGUCGUACAUGUAUACUUUAUACACAAGUACUGUAGGCACAUGGACGUGUCAGGUUUCCAUCAGUGGACAGCAGUGUGUGUGUGCAUAUAUGCCUAGAAAUGUAUGUGUUUUUCUGUGCAUUUCCACUUGUUGCAACACUGACGCACACACUUUUUAAAUGCAGAUUUCAUUAGUUUGUGUUUUGUUUAGAGCUUUUUUUGAACAGUUUUGGUGAAACCAAAUGUUGAUAAAUGAAAAGUGAGGAUGAGGAAUGAUGAAGGGAGUGCAAGAAACUGACAGCACAAAACGUGCAUUUUACAUUUUUGGGGGGGGGGUUCCUUCUUUGUUAUUGAAAUGAAUGUGUCUGCACUUAUUGUCAAUGUUUAUUUUAAGUUAUGGAUGAAGAAAGGGACAUGUUGGGGGAAGGGGAAGAUGUACUCUGCCGUAUGAACAAGUUGCACCUGCAGCUCUUGGAAAUAUUAGGGAUGUGAUUUUCAGAUUUUGUCAGGUUUACAGCUCUCUUUGACAUUCAACUCCUUCUCAUUUCUUGGGACAAUUUCUUUAGAGCUGCCUUUUUGUGUUUUUCUCAUCACAUCCCUGACAUCCUGGCUGUAAAUAUGACAAUAAACUUUUUUUGGUACCUAAA